AGCGUUAUAUCAAAAUGUUUACUUCUCAAUAACGUUUCAUUUAACACAAGUACCUACUUCCUGGCGCCCCAAGUUACAGUCCCAUUUUAUUUCCAAGUACCAAGUUACUUUUGGGACUUAUUAUUUUGUCUAAUUCAGAAUCUAAUAAACAAACACUUCCGAGAGAGCCCAUAUUUAGCAGACGGUCAUUAAUGAAUAAUGAGGGUGAUCAAGUGAUUGUUGUUUACUGGAGCGAGUGGCGUCGUUAUCACGGGUCACGAGUCACGGGAGCUGCUAUCGGACACAGUCCAGCUCCGCGCUCCGGGACGUGCGCAUCGAUACACACAAUGGGGAAGGUGCUGCGUGGUAUUAUACUGAUGUGCUGCUUCAGCCUCGCGUCCUUCACUGACCCUGGGUGCGUGAUCGAGCUGGAGUGCCGGGAGUGUGUCCCGGACAACAUGCCGCUGGUGACGUCGCACCGCGCCGUCAACGGCUCCGUGUCGGCGGCGGCCGGCGACGAGGUGGUGCUGGCGUGCGCCGGCGGCAGGUUUCUGCUGUACCCGCUGCUGGAAACCGUCACCGCCGUGUGCGAGGCGGGCCGCUACCGCGCCCGCCACGACGCGGCGCUGCGGCACCUGCUGGAGCUCGGGUGCCAGGAGAACGUCUUCGAGGAUGUGUUGCAAACCGUGGAGCACUGCGCGCCCCCGCUGCAGGGCCGCGCCUACCGCGCGGCGGGCGCGGGCGCGCGGGCCGUGGGCGCGCUGUGCUUCGACGCCGACCGCGCGCGGGCGGCCUGGGCGCGCGCCGCCGCGCCGCGCCGCGCCGCCCCCGCCGCCCGCGCCGCCGCCUCGUCGCCGCUCAGCCUGCUGGGCAACUUCAACCACAUGUUCGACGCGCGCACGCGCCACGACGCCGAGCGCCUCUACUCCGACGACGUGCGCUUGAACCGCCGCCUGCACGAGCUGCUCAAGUACGACAGGUUCUCCUUCGCCGACCAGACGCUCACCUCGGCCCGGCUGCUGAGCCGGUCGUACUUCGAGGACCAGAACGGGCGCGUGGCGGACUUCGUGUCCAACUCGGUGGCGGCGUGGCGCGGCGUGGCGGCCGGCAACCUGCGCCACCUGCAGCGCGACGUGGCGCGGCUGCUGCGGGCGGCGCGGCCGCGCGUCGUGGACGUGUACGCGGGCACGCACGGCGUCAUGUCGCUGCGCGUCGGCGCGGGCCGCAGGGACGUGUACCUGGCGCCGGGCCGCUUCCCCGUGCCCAAAUACGUGUGGACGGUGGUGCACGACACGCAGCGGGACAGGGCGCUCGCCCUGGUGGUGCUCAACGACCCGUUCGUGGCGGUGAGCGAGAUCCGCGGCGCCGUGUUCUGCGAGAGCCAGUGCGGCCGCGUGGCGUGGCUGCACGAGCUGCGCCGCCACCGCAACUACGAGAGCCCCGUGUACGGGCUCGUGUUCUGCUGCGCCGUGCACAACUUCACCGACGUCGUGUCCGAGAUGCCCAAGGCCGUCCUCGGGCGCGUCCCGCUCGGAGAUGCGGGCAUGUUCAUAGAUUCUUUCGCGUAAAAAAAAUAGCAUAAAUUGUAAUCAUAGGAGAUUUUAUUAAAAAAUUAAGAUAGACAA